CAAAGCAACCAAAGUCCAUUAAAUUAAAAAAAUUCUAUAUGAUAAAUUUUGCUUGCAUAAAUGGUUAGAUUCCGAGUGGUUUUAAGAGCUGUUUGCUGCUGGAGUCGCAGGAUGUGUUUUCGAGCUGAAGAAGGGAUCCUUCGAUUUACGCAGAGACAUCGCGAGAAAUGCGUGGGCUUACUGCAUCCCUUUUCGGCAAUAUUUCUGCUCGUUCUGAUUGGAUUUAUGUUUAUCUUCGAAUUGUGGUAUGUUUUGCCGGCAAUAACCGAUCCCCAGGGCAUCUGGCACAAGUUGAACUGGCUGCUGGGAAUUUAUGUUGUCUUUAAUAUACUGGGAAAUUGGUGGCUCGGCUUUGCAAGGAGUACGUCGGUUGAGAGUUUGUCACCGAAAAGGCAACAUCCUGCGGCGGGUGAGGCACACCUGUGGCAUUAUUGUACCUCCUGUCAAAAACUAGUUCCCCCGAGGUCCUGGCACUGCAGAUUGUGCAAUGUUUGUAUUCUCAAACGGGAUCACCACUGCACUUUCACUGGAAAUUGCAUUGGCCAUAACAAUCAGCGGUACUUCCUGGGCUUUCUGUUUCACCUGACUUUCGGUAGCGGACAGGCCCUCGUCUAUAAUGCCAUGUUGUCUAGCAAAAUUAAGGCCUUUGGGCUCUCCGAUCCCCUAUUAAUGAUUGGCCAUGAUUACACUCAAGAUGCUGACUUCGAGUGGAAGUACACAGUGGCCAGCAUUUUCAAACUGAAUUUCCUUCUUUUCAUGGUUCCCUUCGGUAUGUUUGGCUUACAAAUGCUGAUGGUCCAUCGAAACAGUACAUGCUAUAAGAUAUUUGACCGCAGUUACGAUGUCGGCUGGCGGCGAAACUUUGAGUUGGUACUGGGAAAACGCGGCUUCUGGACUUUUCUUUCGCCAACCAUUGCAAGUCCUCUUCCCAACGAUGGCACCUUCUGGAUUCAAAAGCAGUUUGUUUAAAAAUUUGGAAAAAUUACACUAUGUUGAUAGUACCUACAUAAAAUUAUAUAGUCGGCUCACUCAUUCUUGUUA